CUACGCCACGGUCGACAUCAUCGAGGCCGACUGUCGGAUCGAGAUGUGUUUGACCAUCUCCAACUUCGAGUUGCAACAGGUUCAAUUUUGAUGCUUGAAGAUGGGUGCAGGAAAGGUGGCUCACCAAAGUUGGAGCAAAUUUCCGGCACACCCAUCCAGGCCGUGGGUGUCGUUCCGACGCCGAAAUCGUAUCGGAAUUAUCGCUUUGGUUAUUUGCUCUCUUUUCUUCUAUCUCUGUCGCAGGUCGACAGUUAGUACCGGCAUAUCAAGCCAUCCACAAAGCGCAUUAUAUUGUCCUCGAAACCCCAUUCAGAAGGACAUACUAGUCGUCCUUCGGACAGGGGCAACCGAGAUACUCGAGAAGCUGCCAGUCCAUUUCGAAACCACAUUACGCUGCAUACCGAACUAUGUCAUCUAUUCUGAUUACGAGGAAGAAGUCGAGGGGCACCAUAUCCACGAUGUUUUUGAUGAACUUAGCCAAGAUUUCAAAGACUCGGUCCCGGAUUUCAAGCUUUACCAUCGACUCAAGACGAAGGGUCGAGAUGGCAUCUUUAUUGACGGGACGGAACACGGCGGAAGCGGUCCGUCGGGCUCUCUAGGCAACCCAGGAUGGAAGCUCGACAAGUUCAAGUUUUUGCCCAUGGUCGAUAAAGCUCUCCGGCACAUGCCCCAAGCCAAGUGGUUCGUGUUCAUUGAGAUGGACACGUACCUAAUGUGGGGCAACCUGCUGGAGUAUUUGUCGAAGUUCGACGCAGAAAAACCGUAUUAUAUCGGCAAGCAGAUGUAUAUCGGCGAAGUGCUGUUCGCUCAUGGCGGUUCAGGGUUCGCACUAUCGGCGGCUGCGAUGAGAAGAGUGACGGAACAUUGGAGGGCCCACAUGGCUGAGUAUAAUCAGUAUACGAUUGAGAAAUGGGCUGGGGACAUGGUUCUCGGCAAAGUGUUGAAGGAUGUCCAAGUACCACUGCUGUGGGCGUUUCCUCACUUCCAGGGUGACCCGGUGUCAACGCUCGAUCACAAUAUCACGAAGGCCGACCGACAGCCGUGGUGUUAUCCCGCGAUCACCUACCAUCACAUGCUUGAGAACGAAAUCCGAUCAUUGUGGAAGUUCGAACAAGAGUGGCAUCGAGCGCGUCCGAGCGGCGUUCCCUUGCGGCAUGCCGAUGUGUUCAAAGGACACAUACAUCCAUAUUUGAGCAGUCAAAGAAAAGACUGGGACAAUUAUUCCGUAAAUCCUAAGUUCAGUGAGAACGUUUUGAAAGACGGGGCGGCACACGCAUCCUUCGAAACAUGCAGGUUGGCCUGCGAGAGCAAUCCUGCGUGCUUGCAAUUCUCGUUCAGCAAUGCCAGUUGUUCGGUCUCGAGUGAAGUACGAUUGGGUCGAAGGGCGACAGUGCAAUGCUUGGAGUAUUCUGCGGCCGCUUCAAAAUGCGAGAAGAUGAAUGAAAACAUAAAGGAAAUGGGAGAGGGAACCUUGAGUACUGCCUCAUCUGGUUGGAUGGUAGCGAGAAUAGCAGAGUAUGUGAAUGCUAUGGACGAAACUUGUAAUGGCCAUGGGGAUUGGAUCACCUAGAGAGCAGGCGGCCCAAACAGGAACUUGUCCAGCUACGGUUAUGGAUCACAAAACCAAAACGAGAAUCGAUCCCAAUAUCCCGAAUUCGAACACAUGCCUCCACGUUCAUCGCUGAGCCUCACAGCAUUGAUCGUAAGCAAAUAUAAUAUAUUAGGGUGCAUCUUAUACAGCUAGAGAUAGUAAUAGCUAGUCUGGCCUGGGAGCUUUUCGGAGAAUAUAGAAUAGAAUCGUG